AUGCGUCUCACGUACGGACUAGUAGUCCUCAGCUCACAAGCUUUGAUCCUCAACAUCGCUUCUGCUUCGCCUCUAUGGCGCAACGAAAUACCAACAGCAACAUCACAUCCAGUCCCGAUAGCAGACACACAAGCACUGCCCGCAUUCUCUUCAACCUUAGACUGGACACCACGAAACACUCAUCAGAGAAGAUCUCUCCAUCAACCGCCCUCAACAGGCAGCAUUAUCGGCAUGCCCUUCAGGACUCCCUUACAGCUAGAACACGAAGCUCAAACACGAUCAGCGAGAGAUCUACUAGCACGUACAGCCGCCCUGCUGCUCGACACAUCCAGAUCGGAUGUAGUAGCUGGCUUGGAUUCGCUCAACACGAGGACGGUGCAGAGACUCGCCGAUGCUGCCAGGAGGCUAAAGGCUCGUGUGGAUGCCAGCAUACCGCGAGAACAUCUGGUGGAUAUUUCCAAUUCGACUAUGACGAAGCGAGAUGUUGUGGGAGAAGAGAAAGUACCGACGCCGAAUUUGGUGCGACUGGCGAACAAGGUGUUGUCGACAGAACGAAGGAGUGGAAGUUUGGCAACGAGGUUUGUUGACCUUGUUCGUCGGACUUCAGUGUGA